UGUUGUAUGGAGUAUAUGAUGAUAUGUAUUGUAUAUAGAGCAAUUAGAGUAUACUGGAUGCGCAUGCAUCUGUGAAGUAACUUUCAUCUCCAACCAAUUUUCUUUUACCUGCUUUUAACGUUGUUUUCACUGCGAAAACGCAUUUGUCGUUGCCGUUAAUCAACAUCUUGAUUUGGGAAGUAAGAGACGUAUAUAGUAUGAAAUCAUAAUGGUGAAUACUAUUUGAAGUCUAUUUGAUUAAUGGGUGCAACACACGCGACAAAGAUAACAGAAAAAAUGGAAAAAUCACAGCGUCUGGACAGGGAAAGGAAAGUAGAAGGUCAACCACGCGCAAGUAGCAGCGCGAGACCAUUGUCGAUCGAAGGACCUCGGAACACAAACAAUGUUGAAUCGGAACCACUAACAUUAAUACCAAACCAACCCAGACAGCCAACAAACUUGCAAGGAUUGUUGAGAUAUGCUAUGGAAGCAACUAAUUCUCAACAUUCUGCCAAUGAUACUCUGCUUAAUCCAAUAGACGAAGAAAGGCAACGAUUUUUAAAAGAGGCGCUUUCUUCUUUAUCAUGCAACAUUAUAGAGGAAUUACAGAAGAGCAUUAAAAUUUUAUCAAAUGUGGUUAAUCUUUGCCCAGACGAUGAUACAUCACAACAAGAAGCUGCUUUGGAAAAAAUAGCAGAUUAUGUGGAUAAUAUAGAUAUUGCAAAUGACUUUUAUAAAAUUGGUGGCUUUUCAAUCUUUGGUCCCUGUUUAAAUUCUCUGCAUAGCAGCAUUAGAUGGAGGGCAGCAGAAGUAAUAGCUGAAUUAGCUCAAAAUAAUCCUUUUUGCCAAGAAAAAUUUUUAGAAACUGGUUUAUUUCCCAUAUUGUUGAAUAUAGUAGACACAGAUCCAUCAGAGAAUGCCAGAGUCAAAGCUUUGUACGCUGUAUCCUGUAUAGUUCGUGAAUAUCCAGUAUCUUUGAAAUACAUGGACAUAAAUGAUGGAUACUCUGUACUUUUGAGAGCCAUGCAAAGUUCAGUGAAAAAGCUACAAAUCAAAUCUGCCUUUCUCUUGUGUUCUCUUUGUAGCCAGGAAAAUAUGAAUAAUUUGAAACUCAUGCUAGUUAAUAUGGGUGUGGUUGAACAAGCAGCCGGAUUAUUAACCACAAAUCAUCUACUUCCAGAAAUUAGAGACCAGUUAUUGAACAUUCUUGAUGGAUUGACUAACAGUGAUUUUCAUCCUGCCUUAAAUGAAUGCAGGCGAUCAGAACUUUGUUUACAAUCGACAUUGGAACGUUGCAUACCAGACUUAGAACAGGAGGAGAAUCCAGAUCAGAUAGACAUAUGUUACCGGCUAUUAAAAAGAGUGUUCCCCGAACAAGACACAAGUCAGGAGAGAUAGUGCUGAUAAGGUUCUCCUGUGUAUACUAAAUUUGUACACCACAGGAUAUUGUUAAUAAAUAAACCCAAAUAUAUUUUACACAUAUCUGCCAUAAAUGCUGGUGCAGAAUGCAUGGCUAGCAAAAGUAUUUAAACGUUUACAUUUGGGACUUUUCACAAAUGACAUAACGUGUAUAUAUAUAUAUGUAUAUAUACAUACACGUUAAGGCAGGUCCAGCACGUUCAACAGCGAGCACGAACGCUCGCAGCCAAAAUCUUGUAUAACAAAAAAAUC